AUGAAAAAACUAAUUAUAUUCACCGUUUUUAUAGUGAUUGUGUAUGGUUAAUAAGAUUUAGCAGAAGCAUUCACAUAACUAUCCUCAAGUGAUCCUGAUAGAACAAAACUUAAUUGGCCCAAUUUAUCUCAAGCCAUUUCAGAUUUAUUGUGCGAUGUUCAACAUGUAAGAUAAAUAGAGAGUGACACAAAUCAAUAGAAAUCAGCAUUACUUUAAAAAGUAAUAGUUAUAUAUAUAAGCAUAGUUAAUUAUUUUGCAUGAUAGAACUAUGAGCUAAAUAAAAGUAGAUUUAGCAAAACAUAAAACAAAACUUAAUGAUUAAUUAACUCCUUAUAAAAAUGAAUUAGAUGAGGCUUUAAGAUACAGAGCAGGAAUUUUAGAUCAACAAAAAUAGGAUUUGAAAAUAAAUGAUGCAGAUUUCACAAAGAUGAAAGAAUCAGCAAAAUAAGAAAUGGAUGAUGUUAGCAUAGCUUUAUAAUCAGUGGAUUCAGUAUAUAUAUAUUUAAUAUAAUUUAGAUGAGAAAAACUGUGAAAGAAUUAUUAUAAGGAGGAUCUGGAGGAAACUCAUUUGUAGAGAUUAAAACUUCUUUAUAAGAGUUCCAUACAAAAAUUACUUCAUUAGCUAAAUCAGAUUCUCCUCUUUUAACAUUAGCAGGUUCACUUUAGGAACUCUUACAACUUGAUUUUAAAGACAGAAAAGUUUUAAAAGACCUUGAAUAAUUAUUAGAUUAAUUUUGGAUGAAUACUAUUGAUUAUAGAAUAGAAUUGAUAAGUCAAGCAAAUAGAAAUCAAUAACUUUAUGAAGAUAGAAGAUAAGCUAUAUUAUAAGAUAAAGACACAACAAUUGAAUUAUACAAUUCAAAAAUUGAAGAAUAUAAUACUGUCUUUGAUGAGAUAUAAAAUAUCUAAACUUACAUUGAAAAUAGAUAGAAAGACUUAGAUGAUAGUGCAAAUUCUUAAGAUUUCUUUAAGAAUAUUUGGGGUUUGAAUGAGGGAAUUACAAAUUCAGUUGAUAAAUCUUUAAUUAGCAAAGCUUCAGCUAUUUAAGAUGCAUUGAAACAAAUAGGAAAUGGAGUUAGUUUUUAAGAGAAAUGA